AUGAAAAUAGAAGAGGUUCGCAGCACAUCGAAAACUCAGAGAAUAGCAGCCCAUACACACAUCAAGGGCCUUGGGUUAGAUGAAACUGGCACUGCUCUGUCAAAUGCAUGUGGACUUGUUGGUCAAGAGUGCGCGCGUGAAGCCGCUGGUAUUGUAGUAGAAAUGAUUAGAUCAAAGAAAAUGGCUGGACGUGCAGUUUUAAUGGCAGGGCCUCCAGGGACUGGGAAGACUGCAAUAGCUUUAGCCAUUGCUCAGGACCUUGGUGGGAAAGUUCCAUUUUGCCCGAUGGUUGGAAGUGAGGUUUACUCUUCCGAAAUAAAGAAGACGGAAGUUUUGAUGGAGAACUUCAGGCGAGCGAUAGGUUUGCGCAUAAAAGAGAUCAAAGAAGUCUAUGAAGGAGAAGUAACCGAGUUAACUCCGGUAGAAACUGAAAGUCCAACUGGAGGUUUCGGCAAAACAAUCAGUCACGUUAUUAUCAGUUUGCGUACUGCUAAAGGUGUCAAACAAUUGAAGUUAGACCCAUGUAUUUAUGAGAGUCUUCAGAAAGAACAUGUUGAGGUCGGGGAUGUAAUUUAUAUCGAAGCCAACUCCGGUGCAGUCAAGCGUCAGGGAAGAUGUGAUGUUUAUACAGCUGAAUAUGAUUUAGAAGCUGACGAGUAUGUCCCUCUUCCAAAAGGGGAAGUUCAUAAAAAGAAAGAUGUUGUUCAGGAUGUCACACUUCACGAUCUGGAUGUAGCAAACGCCCGACCUCAAGGGGGCCAAGAUAUUGUCUCAAUGAUGGGUCAGCUAAUGAAACCGAAAAAGACGGAAAUUACAGAUAAACUAAGGAAGGAAAUCAACAAGGUUGUUAAUAAAUACAUAGAUCAAGGCAUCGCUGAACUUGUUCCUGGUGUGUUGUUUAUUGAUGAAGUACACAUGCUAGACAUCGAAUGUUUCACUUAUCUUCAUCGGGCACUCGAAUCAACAAUCGCACCCAUCGUUAUUUUUGCUACCAAUCGGGGGAAAUGUACCAUCAGAGGCACUGAAGACAUUAUUUCUCCUCAUGGAAUCCCAUUAGAUUUACUAGAUCGUGUUAUGAUCAUACGUACCCUUCCCUAUUCUUGUGAAGAAGUAAUCCAAAUCCUGCGUAUACGUGCACAAACUGAAGGGAUAAAAGUAUCUGAACAAGCAUUCACUUGCCUUGCAACUGUCGCUACAGAUACAACUUUACGAUAUGCUGUCCAACUUUUGACCCCGGCGUGUCGUCUUGCUCAGUUGAGUGGAAGAGAUGAAGUCGAACCUUCAGAUAUCGAAGAAGUAAGGUCUCUAUUUCUUAAUGCAAAACAAUCUGCCAAAAUACUCACAGAACAUGAAAAUCAGUUUAUGCGCUGA